AUGGGUUGCAGCGGUUCCAAGGCAGCAGCCAAGCCCUCCACCACGGAGGCUGUGGCACCUGCACCUGCACCCGCCAAGGAGGCUCAAGCCGUGACGCUAGAAGCGGAUGCGGUGCCUCCAACUGCGGGCAUCGUGGACACGGUGGAAGCACAGGCGGGGGAGCUCUUGAAGCCUGAUGAGCAAGGCAAGGCAGAGGACACAGAGACCGUGACAACCCUGCCAAAGGAGGACUCACCGCUUGGUGGUGAUGCGAAGGAUGUGAAGAUUGAGGGUGAUGCAGCAGCCAAGCCCUCCACCACAGAGGCUGUGGCACCUGCAGCUGCACCCGCCAAGGAGGCUCAGGCCGUGACGCUCGAAGCGGAUGCGGUGCCUCCAACCGCGGACAUCGUGGACGCGGUGGAAGCACAGGCGGGGGAGCUCUUGAAGCCCAAUGAGCAAGGCAAGGCAGAGGACACAGAGACCGUGACAACCCUGCCAAAAGAGGACUCACCGCUUGGUGGUGAUGCGAAGGAUAUGAAGAUUGAGGGUGAUGCCCCGGCAAGCGCUUGCACAUGCGCUGCUCUCUGGUGA